AUGGCCUCAACUCAUGAUCAAGAAGUCUUCAGUUUCAACCCAGAGGAAAGAUUUUGUAAUGGAUUUGAGGAAGUAUUAAGACGAUACAGAGAAAUUGUUCCCCACCCUCGACUUGCAGGACCUACGUCUUUCGCGCCAAUCAUUGAUAUGGCCAUGACCAUUGUGGAGGAAAGCUCUGGUAAAUUCCAUGUUUUGCUGAUAAUUGCUGAUGGGCAGAUGACAAGAAGCAUAGAUACUCAGCUUGGUCAGCUCAGCCCACAGGAGCGCAAGACUGUUGAUGCUAUUGUAAAAGCAAGGCUUGCUGUGACUCAAGUGGAGAAGAGCUUCCAUUAUGUCCCAUUUGUCGGACUCAAAUCAAAACCCGAAUAA